AUGGCGUCGCUCCUGUGCGUGCCCGCGGGCGCGGGGGGCCCCGCCGCGGCGUCGCCGCGGCGCGUGGCCGACCCCGUGCGCGGGGAGGACGCCGUCGCGAGGCCGCGGCCGACGUCCGUGACCACGGCCGUGGAGAGCCGCCCCCGGGACGGCGACCGCCGACUCGGCGGCGCCCGCGCCUGGGACGGCGUCCGCUCGACCGGCAGCCUCGCGACGAUGGCUCCGCAGGCGGGUGGCCAGGCGGCAGGGGCGGAGCUGCAGGCAAGGCUGCAGAAGCAGCUGAUGCUCAUCGAGGGUAGAGGCAGCGUGAACGUGGACAGCCAGAUGCGCCUCGUGCCGGUCAGCCCCACGCCGCCGGCGCCCGCGAAGGGCUACCACUGGGCGCCGUCGCCGGGCACGCACCCCCAGCUCGGGUUCAGCAGCGGGUCGCAGGCGCGGCCGCUGGUGGCGGUCCCGUCCGUCCAGUCGGUCCCGUGGCACGGAACCACGGAGCCCGCGGGCGGCAGGCGCGUCGGUCCGCCGCCGCCGCGCCGCCGCCGCUCCGAGCGCGUCAGCUCCGGCGCCGUGCAGCGGCCUCCGCAGCAGCCUUCGGGUGCCCCGGGCUGCGGCGCGCCCCAGGAGACGACCCGCCGCCUCAGCAAACCCCCGCCGCCGUCGACGCCGGUGACGCCCACGCAGCCGGCGCACCCGACGCCCCGGGGCACGCCCGCGGGCACGAGGCAGGGCUUCGCGACCAUGUGGCCCGGCGCCUGCCGCGACGACGCGCAGACGGGCGCCUCGCCGCUGCGCCUGACGACAGGUGGCCGCGUGAGCGUAACCGCGGCCGUGCCCGAGGCGGCUUCGCGGCCGCAGCGGCUGAGCGCCGAGGUCGGCCUGGUCGCCCGCGGGGCGCCGGCGGCGCCCCCGCCUACCUACAGCAGGCCGGCGGAUGCGUGGGGCGUGCAGCGGCCUAGCGCGGAGGCCCAGCUGCAGCAGCUCCAGCAGGAACUCCAGCGUGAGCGGCUGGAGCUCCAGCGCGAGAGGCUGAAGAACGAGGAGCUGAUGCACCACAGCUCGCUCCAGGGCCUGGGCCAGGUCUCCCAGCCUGCGGGAGGAUACACGACCAGCUGCGGCAGCUCAAGCUGGACAACAGCCGGCUGUGCCACGAGGCGGCGGCUCUCACUCGUCGUCCCCGCUGCCCUCGACUACAGUCAAAAACCCUAA